CGCCCCCUAGUGGCCUCCAAAUGCCAGUACCACGGAUCAGCACAUGGACUCUGCUUCUCUCUGCCCGAGCUGGAGUUUGAGAGUGUCAAGACUGUUGCAUUGUCUUUAAGCCAAGCUAUAAUUUAGGAUCUAAAAACACAGAACAGCUCAUAUGAGCUCGAUGGGAGGCAGAAUUAAACGCACCAAAAAUGUGCGUAAUUUGGAUUCGGAUGAUGCGCCUUCACUAGCGCGAUCAAUAAUCGAAGAACAUCCAAAAAUUACACCUGCCGGGCGACAGUUAGAGAGGACACCUCCAUCCAAAAAUGAAAGAGUCACAACAUACCAGCCUAGCAAACCAGAUGGUUCUCCAACAUUAGAACAAGUGGUCAAAGAUGAGCCAUGUGGCCAGGAAAUAACUAAACACAUUUCUUGCAAUGGAUCAAAUGAAGUUCUCCAGCUGCCCAAAGUUAAAGAUGAGAGGAAGUCCAUCAGGAGGUCUAGUUCUACAGCUGCAUCAGCAACAAGUGGGAAUGCCGACCCUGAAAUCUUUAUCCAGGGAAUGCAGGGAUACCAGUGGACAGACACUGACCUGGACUUUGUCUAUCAAACCAAAUUGAAAAAGCAAGUUCAACAGGCGCAGCAAGAGUUAAGCGAUGUGCAGAAGUCUCUGAAGAACACGAGGCAAAUGCGGGACAUGGCCCUUGCUAAACGUGACAAAAUAAAAACAGAGCUCUCUAAGGUGUCAUCAUGCGAACGUAUACAGCAAAUUUCCAUGGAAAUACUUCUGAGGUCCCACAGCUUUAGUCAGCUGGAAGGGCUUGAUUUUAAAGCUCGUAUUUCUAAAUUGAAGGUUGCUGAUGUGUGCUGCACUACUGCUGAGGAGAAGACAGAGGUCAGCAAACUCAAGACAGAGAUGGAAAAAGCACAAGUCAUGAGAGAAAAGGAGGAGCAAAUCACAAAGGACAUUGACAGCUGUAAAGGGAACAUAAACCAAAUCAAGGUAAAUGUACAUUCGCUGACAGCAGAAAUAUCUGCACUGGAAUCCAAGAUGUCCAGUAAAGAGGAGACAAGGCAGUCAGCUAAACCACGGCAAAAAGUCCACAGAAGCCCUAAACCCUCCGCUGCUCCUUCUGCCCCUAAACCCCUGAAAACCUCUGCAGCCACCAAACCCUCGAAACCUCUUGCUGCUCCUUCUGCUCCAAAACCUCCUGCUCCAAAACCCUCAAAACCUCCUGCCACCCUAAAAGCCCAGACUGCCUCAAAACCCUCCAAAGCCACCACUGGCCCAAAGGCCCCGGAGGCUGAUGUUGGUGGCCUUCGUCGCUCUAAAAGAAUUGCUGCUAAGAAAGAGAAGUGAAGAAUCUGUUCAGAAACACUGAGUGAAGUUCACCUCAGGAAGUCUUCUUCAAAUGUUCUUUCUCUAAUUUAUGACAAACUUCUGUCUGAAAACUUGUUUUACUUAGCAAUGACUUAGUUUAGACUUUUAGACCUAGAGGGAAUAGUGUGGUGCCCUCUAGUGGAUAUUUGGAGUUUAGUGUUUAUGGACACUCGUUGGUGGUUAUUCAAGAAUCUGAUACACUUUAGAAUUUACCUUACAGUUACAACUACAUUAAGAUGUCCUGAACAUUAAUGUGUUUUUUUUUUGUUCCUUUCUCUACAUGUUAAGAGUGUUUUUUUCUUUGAAGAUGAAUAAAUGUUUUUUCAGCUGUCUGGGUUA